UCCGAUACAACAAGUUGCCAUGCCUCUGCCAUAAUCUUGUAAAUUCAGAUAUUGCAAAAUCGAUGCUUUCCAGCCUCAGCCGUCCCAUCGCAUUUCGGUCACUCCACCCAUUCGCCCAGCAGCCAUCUCAUCUCCUUCCUAUUAUCCCCUCCGUCAGUCGCAGAGAGCCGCUGCGCUGCGCCGCGCCGCGCCGGAGAGCCGUGAUGUCCCCGCCGGGAGCGAACCUGAGAAAGAUGAGAAGGAGAAGAGGUAGAGGAAUACUCUCCCUGCGCUUUCACACAGGGAUUACUCGUUAGUGCGCUCGGGUGGACCCCGCGUUGGAAUUAAAACCUGGACUGACGGCCAUUGGAUUUUAGACCUCCUGAUUUGAGUUAAAGGGAUAUUACAACUUUUUUUUUCUUGUUUGUUUGUUUUCCCGCCACCGCCAUGAGUCUUGGGAAGCUGCCAGGCAUCAAGGGUCUAGUGUCUGGCUCUCAGGGGAAGCGUCGCUUCAAGAGCGACCUGUCUGUGGACAUGAUCAGCCCGCCGCUGGGCGACUUCCGUCACACCAUGCAUGUCGGUCGUGGCGGGGAUGUGUUCGGCGACACCUCUUUCCUCAGCAACCACGGAGGCAACGGGGAACCGGGGAGCCCGGACUCGGCCAACAGCUCCAAGACGACCGGCUUCUUCACGCGCACGUUUCGACACGUGAGGAAGACGCCGGGCCCACGGCUGCGGGGGGGCUCCCGUGACUUGUCGCCCCCGCCGCCAUCCGUCUCGCCCAUCAUCAAGAACGCCAUCUCCCUGCCCCAGCUGAACGUGGACUCUCCCAACGGCUGCCUGCAGAGGGUGCUGUUCCCCAGUUCUAUGAGCUCCCCGGAGGACUCUCUCUACACAUAUGGCGUGGAGUCCGGAUUCGUCACAUUGCCCCGCGUCUCCCGCCACCACGACAGGCCUCUCCCAGAUGGAGACAUUCACCGCGGCUCUUUCCUGGACAACGGCAGCAUUAAGCUGACGCGCUCCGACUCGCUCACCUCCUUCAUCGUAGACCUCGGCCCCUCUCUCAUGAGCGAGGUGCUGAGCCUCAUCGACAACACCAGCUGCCUUCAGAUGUCCAAUCACAGUCAGGCCGAGGGAAGGGGGAGGGAAGAAGAAGAAGAGAAAGGAGUGGAGGAUGGUGGGGGUGAGGUGGUGGAGGAGGAAGAGGAGGAGGAGGAUGAUGAUGAAGAAGAGAGGAGCUCGGUCAUUGAGAUGGCUGUGGAGAGCCCCGGGGUGAGUCCACUCAACCCUUCGGUGGGCAGCACAUCGUUCAGAGAGCACACGAACAACGGGGGUUACCGUCGUAGUUCGGAGGGUACAGAGGAGGACGGGACGCCCCUGAGAACGCCUCCGGACGCCUCCCUGGGCUCUCCCCAGAGCCCCGAGCCGGUGAUCGAGGCGGAGAGGUUUCAGAGGGCGGCGGACAUGCUGUCCCGUCAUUAUGGCGGGGGGUCCUUAACAUGGGCAGGGGGUCGAAGCGGGAGCAUCACCUCGAUGUCCCUGCCCUGCAGCCACAAGGCGCCGUGUGCCUACUCCGAAGAGGAGGAAGAGAUCAAAGUUUAGAUACUGGAGAUCUGCUAUUUUUGAAACAAGUUGAAAACUAUAAGAACCUGAACUCAGAAGAGGCUGAACGUGGGUGCGACACACUUUAAAUUCCUGAUGGAGAAAUAUCCCCCCCCCCCCCCCAAGGAUGUCAAAGCACAAAGUCGACGAAAAAGAGAAGAAUCUGAGAGCUGGUAGGCUUUCACUGUCUUGUUCAAGGGCACUUCAGCAGAGCAGAUGCAGACAUAACCAGACACAGGAGUUUGUACCUGGGCCUUCACCCUGCUACCACCGUCAAGUUCGUUGAAACCUGUGUGUGAAAGAUGCUAACUUAAUUUAAAAUGAAAGAUCGAGCCGACUUACACAAGGAUUGGUGGGAAACCGAAACGGAAACUGAAUGUGUGUUCGAGACAAGCGAUAAAUAUCGACAUGUUUAUUCUACACUACGUCAGUAACAAGGGACUUCUGGAUUAAUGCAGAGAAGUUUGACAAAUAACAAAAUGAUGUAAUUUUAUGUUAUUUUUCUGAUUAUUUUUUUUUUAGUAUUUCCACGCCUAACAUCUUGUAUUCAUCAUGUUUAGCAUCCAUAUUCUAUUCUUUAUACCCAUAAAAGUGUUCAACAUAUCAACGUUUCAUUGCAUUACACUGACAUUGAAUACAGGACUUGAAGUAUGCAUAUUUUCCUCUGUAUUUGUAUUAAUCAUUGUGAUAAAAAAAAGAAUAAGUAUUUGUUGCAGGGAUGUUAAGGGUGUUAUAAAAACCAUGAAAGCUCAAUGGCUGAUUUCUGUGCUUCUUUAGUGUUGUUUCCUGUGGCUGGUAUACAACGGCAGCAUCAGCACUGUGUUUGGGAAAUUUGUAUAUUUGAUGAAAUACAAACCAAUGUCAGCCUUCAUAUUCUCAGUAAUUUCUCAUUUACCUGUAUUUAACCAGGUUAGUCCCAUUGAGAUUAAAAUCUCUUUUACAAGAGACCUGGCCGAGAAUGGC